CGUCUGUUCGGUACUUGUGGCUCACCUGGCUGUGUCUCUUCAUCGUUCCGGGCACCCGCAUCAACACUGUGAACGCAUUCUGCGUGCCGUGCCGCCAACAAAGCACAUUUCACUUUUCAAUUCCUAAUACUCAACCGUAGGGCCACAUCAGCCUCCGGCGCAUUUCCGACAUGUCCAACACAUUGCGAUGCAUUCUGGUCGUGUGCGUGGCACUCGCCCUGCUGGCUGCGGGCUCCAGCGUGGAGGCUUCGAACUCGCGACCACCUCGCAACAACGACAUCAGCACCAUGGCAGAUGCACUCAAAUACUUGCAGGAUCUGGACACCUACUAUGGCGACAGGGCGCGUGUCAGGUUUGGCAAACGCGGCUCCUUGAUGCAGUUGCUCCGCAGUCGAUUCGAGAACAGCAACAACAACAAUAAUGCCGCUGAUUUGACUCAUCAGGGCGCGGAGUUUGCGAAUAUUGAGGAGCUACUUUAAAGGGACGUUAAUGCUUGAACACCGAAAGCCACACUGAAGACGACGCCAGACUCUACUCUAACAAGUUGUUGCAUAAGUUUUGGAGCAAUAGUUUAAGC